AUGAACCAUCAUCAGGACAGCAUCGAGAUGAGUGACGUUACGAUCCACGAAAGCAACCUCUGCUUUGUUGCUCCCAUUUUGCAUCAACAGCAGCUACAACACCAACAGCAACAACAACACUUACAGCAACAACAGCAGUUACAGCAACAACAGGCACAACAACAACAGCAGCAGCAACAACAACAACAGGUGCAAUCCAUGCCACAGCACUUGCAACUGCAUCAGCAUCCAGAACAACAGCAUCUACCACCAACAACAGCACCUCCCCAGCAAGAUAAGCUCUAUUUUGAGACUCUGGAAGAAGCUGAGGCUCAUUUCAGACAAGUGAACAAAGAAAGAGGCCACUUUCUAGUCAAGCGAUCCUCUCAACUCAAGCAAGAAAAGGGAAAAAUGUUCCUGUUGCUUGAAUGCAAAUUCGGCGGUGUCUUUCGACCUACCAAGAAGAAGAGUGUGAGUAAUCCUAGAGACGCAAGAUCAGCCAAGGUAAAUUGCAAAUACGCAGUUCGUAUUACGGAAAAGGACGCUCAGUGGGUGGUGAAGCCAUCCAAGUUUGAGCAUUCAUGUGAACCCAAAAGAGGCAUUGACAUCUACAGCCUUCCCGAAAACCGACAGUUUGAUGAGGUGCAGACAAACAUCUUUAAUGUCAUGUACGACACGAAUGCUUCCAAUCGCGCCAUUGCAAAUGCUUUAUCUACAACUGGUAAACUUGUGUUUCCUAGGGAUAUUAAGAACAAGAGAGCUCGCAUCAAGCAGGCAACAUCAAAUCCUUUGUAA